CUACACUUCAAUUGCAUAGAGCCACCAUAUUUCCUGGGUUGUAACCUGAGAUACUACCGAUACUUUCAGCAUAUAUCCCGGCACUGCAGCACGGUGGUCGCCCUUUGCUCCGCACAUCUUGCACUUGUUUACAACCGGAAUUGACUUGUUCGUGGAGGGUGUUAACCCGGUGCUGCUGAAAGAGUGCACUAGGCGGAUCAGCGACUCUUGAGCAUUCCUCGUCUAGGACAGCCGUUCUUAACCCAACCGAGCCUAUAGUUCGAGAGGACAGUCAGAAAGCUAAAGGUGCUCGUCUUUGGGGAAAAUCCUUGGGGAUGGACUCCGCAAAGCGGCUGCGUGAGGCGUAUGAGCCCAGCCCUUAUGGUGGGAGCUACGAUAUGGCUUACAAGCAGCCCAGGCCCAACGAAGUGCCGGCACAAAUGUACGGGAACAUGAACAUGCAGUAUGGUUCAUAUCAGGCACAGGGCUAUGGAGGCCAGCAAGCCAUGCAGCCGGCCAUGCAGCAGCAAGCCAUGCAACAACAAGCUGUGCAGCAGCAACCCGUACAGCAACAACCCGUGCAGCAACAACCCAUGCAGCAACAAGCUAUGCAACAGCAAGCCAUGCAGCAACAAGCUAUGCAACAGCAAGCCAUGCAGCAGCAAGCUAUGCAACCUCAGGGUAUGCAGGCGCAAGCACCGAUGCAGCAGGGUGCGGGUAUGGAACAGCCACAUGGGGCGAAUGCGAGUAGUCUUGCGGCCGCCCUGGCCACGUUGAGCCAAAGCCAACUGAGUAACCUGGCGGGGCUUUUGGGGACAGGGCCAGUGGCCAUGGGAGGUCAGGGCAUGGGCGGUCAGCAGCAGCCAAUGGGUCAGCAGGCAAUGGGUUCCCAGGCGCAACCGUACAUGGGUUCACAGCCGCAGCCUAGCAUGGCCGCGGGUGGGCAACCCAUGGGGAUGGGUGUGGGGCCGCAGCAGCAGCAAGGUAUGCCCGGAAUGCAGCAGCAGCCGCAACAGCAGCCUGGGAUGCAGCAACCUGGCGGGGGUAUGCACAUGCUGCAGCAGCAGCAACAGCCCAUGCCCAUGGCUGGCGGUCCCGUGCCGCAGCCGUCGCCCAUGCAACCCAUGCAAACACAGCCGCCGGCAGGCCUUCCUGGCGUGCAGCAGCAGGGGGGCAUGGGCAUGGUGGGAGGUGCGGGCGCGGGCGGGGUUGGUGGCAUGGUGAACGGCGGCGCCGGCGCGCCGCAGGCGGCGGUGCUGCCGCCUCUGCCGGCGGAUGCUACUGCGACUCUCUACUUGGAUUGCCUGCCUCCUGACGUGACGCGCCGCGAAAUGGCUCACAUCUUCCGUCCCUUCGCCGGGUAUAAGAGCCUUCGCCUGGUUGUCAAGGACUCCCGGUCCAACGACAAGAACAUCAAGGUGUUCGUCGAUUUCGUGGACGCCCGCGCCGCUACUGACGCCCUUAAGGCGCUCAACGGCUACCGCCUUGACCUUGACACUGAUCAGUCCACCGUCCUGCGUCCCGUCUACGCCCGGCCGCCCAAGGACCCCUACAAGGUCAACCGCGGCGCCGGAGCACCCGCUGGUGCGGGGGCGGUCCUUGACCCGCCGCCGCCGGGCCAAGCGCAUGCACGAGGCGACCCGGCUCGCAACAUUCCGAACCGCAUGGGCCCGAUGGUCGGUCCCGGCGGCGGCGGUGGCGGCCCGUCCAACGCGGGUCCGAUGCGCAUGCACGGCGGGCCCGGGGGCGCGGCGUCUGCGCCCAACAUGUACCUUGACGGCGGCUACGACGAAGGGUUUGUGGGUGGCGGUGGGCCGGGGUCGGGCCCCAACAUGGGAGGUCGGCCGGGUGGGCCUGCGCCUGGGGUUGCGCCGCACAUGUAUGAGGGGGUUGGGCCGUACCUGGGUCCGGGCCCCAUGCAAGGUGGGCUGCCGGUUCAGCCGGAUGCAAGGGGUCCUCCUCCGCACGCAGCCAUGCAUGAGCCCAUGGGGCCAAUGGGGCCGGGUCCGGGUGGUUUGAUGCGCAUGCGCGGGCCGGGGCCGGAGUUUGGUGGGCAUGGG